AUGAUUUCGUCGGCGGCGUGGGUUGCGCGCGGUUUUGCCGCGCGGCACCCUCAGAAACAUGAGCUAGACGAAGCAGAGCUGGAGCGCGUCAGCCGUCUCACGAAUAUUGAGCUGAACGAUGCGAACCAGCAACUUGCUGCUGCGAAAAAAGCUGAUGGCGAUGGCUGGGAAGAUGUCGGCAGCGACGAGGAGAUGGAAGAGGACCAGAAUGACGACCCUGAAGACCUGAGUCGGUACCGCCUGGACGAGUACGACGAGGAGCCGAGCCAGAGCAUUGCCAUGGGUGCGUUGAGCAACAUCCGUGGCGUGCAGGCCUUUCGCAGCAACGACGACGAUCCCUACAUCACCCUGAAAGACGACCCUGCGGACGAGGAGGAAGAGCGCGAGCAGCUCGAGGUCCUCCCGACGGAUAACCUUGUGUACGCCGCCAAGACGGAGGACGAUGUGUCGAUGAUUGAGGCGUACCUGUACAAUGCCGACGACCAGAAUCUCUACGUGCACCACGACCUGCUGCUCCCUGCCUUCCCCUUGCACCUCGAGUGGCUUGAUUAUGCGCCUGCGCCUGUGCUGGAGGCUAGCGCCGAGCGCCGCCCCGCUGGUACGAUGGGCAACUUUGUCGCGGUCGGCACGAUGGACCCCGAGAUUGAGAUCUGGGACAUGGACACGAUCGAAGGCGUGUAUCCCGAUGCGGUGCUGGGCCGCAAGGACCUCACCGAACAGCUCAAUGCCCCCGCUGGCACUGGCAAGAAGAAGCGCCGUGCGCCCAAGGCGCGCGUGCCGAACCCGACGCACCACGUCGACGCUGUGCUGAGUCUGUCGUGGAAUAAGCGUGCGCGCAACUUGCUUGCGUCGGCCUCGGCAGAUACCACGGUCAAGAUUUGGGAUCUCUCGCGCCCGAUGGUGGGCGAGUCGUCUGCGGCGCUGCGCUCCUUCGACGGCCAUACCGACAAGGUGCAGAGCGUCGCGUGGCAGGUCACGGCGCCCGGUCUGGCGACCGGCAGCGAGAACCCUGCUGUGCUGCUGAGUGCUGGCUAUGACAAGACGGUGCGUGUGUUCGACACGCGCAUGCCCGACCAGGCGCUCGUCGCCGGUAUCCCUGCGGACGUCGAGGCGGUGCGCUGGAACGGCUGGAAGGACCAGAGCUUUUUGGUCGCGCUCGAGACGGGCAUUGUGCAAGGAUUUGACGCACGCAAGCUUUCGUCGACGCUCACGUCGGACAGUGCGCAGUUUACGCUCGUGGCGCACGAUGCGGCGUGCACGACGCUCGACGUUUCGCCGCAUAUCCCCGGCUGUAUCCUCACUGGUGGCACCGACCGCCAGGUGAAGCUCUGGAGCAUCGACGACGAGGACGCGGACAAGCCGCGUAGCAUCAACCUGGUCACCUCGCGCGACAUGGACGUCGGUAAGGUCUUCACCGCGAGCUUCUCGCCGAACGACCCCCUCACGGUCGCCGUCGCGGGCUCUAACGGCAAGCUCCAGAUUUGGGACACGCUCUCGAACCCCGGUAUGCGCCGUACCUUUGGCGACCGUCUGCGCCGCAUGGACCAGUAUGCCGACCGUCACCCUGCGCAGGCCGCUCCGGCGCGUCUGGACGAGGGCGAGCGCCCCGACGUGAUCCAGCUAGAGGACGACGCGUCGGAGGACGAGGACGAGGACAUGGAUGCAUAG